UCUCCUUCCCUCCGGCAGCGAAAGCUCUGGUUGCUGGCGGGCAACGGGUUUCUCCGCCUCCGAGAUCCGGAUUUUAUCCCCGCGUUUCCAGGACCUCCGGUGUACCUAUCUCUGUCUGGGGACCCAAAUCCCCUUCCACGACGUUGAAUGAGGAGUUAGCUUUAAAACUACAACUCCCAGCUUGCGCGGAGAUUUUUUAACGUCACUACCGGCAGUUGGGCCGGACCGGAAGUCGUAAGGAGGAAAGCGGCAUCCGCGUGGAGUGAGGAGUGUAAUGGACACUCCGUCUCCUCAGAACGAUAUAGAGACCCUACCGCCCCUGGGUGGUGGCUCCUUGUGUCCCCAAGCCGGAGGUCCUCCGGGCGAAGAGCCUCAGUGCUGUAAGUGUGGAGGUCCCCUGGGGGUGACUGCCUAUGCCGAACCCGGACAUCAUAUCUCUCGCCGCCGCCGGGCCCAGCGCCCCUUCGAUUUUAGCCGGCAUGGACGCCGACACGUAGCGCUACGGCUGGCCUACCUGGGCUGGGACUACCAGGGCUUCGCCAGCCAGGAGAACACCAGCAACACGGUGGAGGCUAAGCUGUUUGAGGCGCUGACCAAGACCCGGCUGGUGGAGAGCAGACAGACGGCCAACUACCAUCGUAGCGGCCGCACCGACAAGGGAGUCAGCGCCUUUGGACAGGUGAUCUCCCUAGACCUUCGCUCACAGACGCUGUCUCCGGAUGGGACGGAGCUAGUGCCAGGUGCCAGGGAGGGGGCAGAGGGGGAGCUGCCCUACACCCGGCUGCUGAAUCGAGUGCUACCGGGGGACAUACGGGCACUAGCCUGGGCACCGGUGCCCUCAGAUUUCAGUGCCCGUUUCAGCUGCCUACACCGUACCUACCACUACCUGUUCCCGUUGGCCGGACUGCGACUGGAUGCCAUGCAGGAGGCGGGUCGCCGACUGGAGGGCACCCACGACUUCCGUAACCUGUGCCGGCCAGAUGUGGCAGGAGGCGUGCUGGAGUACCAACGCACAGUAAUGCGAGUGAGAGUGCUGGGGGCCGGGCCUGGCCUUGGCUGCCUGGAGGUGCGGGCGCGUGCCUUUCUCUACCACCAAGUGCGCUGCAUGGCUGCCGUGCUGCUGCUGGUGGGCCGUGGCCUGGAGGAGCCCGAUGUCAUUGACCAGCUGCUCGAUGUCCAUAGCCACCCCCGAAAGCCUCAGUACAGUAUGGCUGUGGACUACCCCCUCAUUCUCUACGACUGUGCUUAUGAAAACGUGAAGUGGAUCUUUGAUCCAGAGGUACAUGCCUUCAAUGUGCGGCAUCUCCAGGCUCUGUGGGCAAGUCACACCAUCAAAACUCGGAUCCUGCACACCAUGCUGAGCGGACUGGGGCAGCCGCCCAUUCCCCCGGAACCAGAGCCAGAGGCCGAGGAGGAAGAGGAGAGCACUCUGACUACCUGGGCCCGGACCCAACCACCUGUCACCAACCUCUCAGAUGUGCUGCUAGAUGGAGUGAAGCCCAGGAUCUACAAGCGGCUGAUGGAGCGGCCGACUUGCGAGGAGCUCGAGUCCCGGAUCAGGCACUAUGCCAAAAAGGGCCGUAUCCAGCUGCCUGAAAGGAUGAGGGAAGCAGAGGAUUGCCAGGAGCUGGUAAAGCAGCAGGGCUCUGCUGAGUGCCAAGAGCUGAAGGGAAAACAGGACUCUGUAAAGCACCAAGACCUGAAGGAAAAGCAGCAGGACUCAGUGGAGAUUCCUGAGGUGGAAGGAUAGCAGGACAUUACGGAGACGCUGUAGCCACAGUAGCACAGGGACCAUAAACUGUAAAGUGCCUGGGGGUACAAGAAAUUAUAGAUGUGGCAGGACUCUUGAGAGUCCCCAAGAACAGGAAGGGCGGUAGGACCCUGUUGUGGCUCAUGAACUGGAGGGGCUGCAGGAUCCUUUGCAGCUGAUGGACCCAGAGGGACAGCAGGACCCAGGGGAGAAGCAGGGGCACAGGCAGAGGCAGGGGAGGUGUUGGUUAGCAGUAUCUCAGGGUCCCAGGGUGGGGAACAACACUGGAGAUGUAUGGGGAGAGUUAGUUGGAAACUCAUCCAGGGAGAGGGUCAAGGAGCAAUGGGAGGGUUGGAAAAGAGGGGCUGGGGUUGUAAAGGCAGAGCAUCUAAUACAUUAGAUGAAUUCUGAUACAUCCCUCACUCUAACUGUGAAUUCCUCUGUGUGCUCUCCGUUACCCUUUAUUUCUCGAUCUUGCAAUUACUUCUGUUCCUAUGUUCACAAUGCUCCAAUCACCAUCCUGCUUAGGGGCUGUGGGGAGCAGGGAAUUUCAGAGAUUCAACAACCUCAGAAGGAACUUCUGCAUAUCUCAGUUUUUUAAGCUACCAAUACCUUUACUUUGUCGCUCUAUUCCCUUGAUCAUGACUCUCCCACAAGUUACAGUAGGGACUUUUAAGGGACUAUUAGUAGGGUACUUCAUUGUCGCCAAACAAUUGAUACUAGAGCGUACAAUCAUCACAGCAAUAUUUGAUUCUGCACUUCAUGCUCCCUGGAUUACAAAUCGAUAAUAAAUACAGGUGCCCCCCUCUUUACAAAGGUAGAGCAUUCCUAUGAAUCCUUUCUUAAGCCGAAAUGGCGUAAAGCAAAGAACCAUUAAUUUAUAUGGGAAAAAUUUUCAUAAAAGCGAAAAUCAUCUUUGUAAUGUGAAAACAGAUUACUAAUGUAGGUCUUUUGUAAAAGCGAAGUGGCGUAAAGCAGGGGCAACCUAUAAUAAAAAUUUAAAUUAUAAAUCAUAAAUUAAAAAUAGAAAAGAAAAGUAAGGUAGUGCAAAAAAAAAACCCGAGAGACAGGUCUGGAUAUUUGGAAGGUAUGGCCCAGAUCCGGGGGGGGUCAGGAUCCGUUCAGCAGUCUUAUCACAGUUGGAAAGAAGCUGUUCCCAAAUCUGGCCGUACGAGUCUUCAAGCUCCUGAACCUUCUCCCAGAGGGAAGAGGGACAAAAAGUGUGUUGGCUGGGUAGGUCGUGUCCUUGAUUAUCCUGGCAGCACUGCUCUGACGGCGUGCAAUGUAAAGUGAGUCUAAGGACGGAAGAUUGAUUUGUGUGAUGUGCUGGGCUGUGUUCACGAUCUUCUGCAGCUUCUUCCGGUCUUGGACAGGACAACUUCCAUACCAGAAGAAUGCUUUCUACGGUGCGUCUAUAAAAAUUAUUGAGGCUUUUAGGGGACAGGCCAAAUUUCUUCAGCUUUCUCAGGAAGUAAAGGCGCUGGUGAGCCUUCUUGGCAGUGGACUCUGCUUGUUUAGACCAAGUCAGGUCAUUUCUGAUAUUCACCCCAAGGAACUUAAAGCUUUUGACCAGCUCCACCUGCGCACCACCGAUGUAGAUGGGGUCGUGCGGUCUGCUACUCCUUCUGAAGUCAACAACCAAUUCCUUCGUUUUGCUGACGUUGAGGGAUAGGUUAUUAUCUUCGCACAAUGCCACUAGGUUCUUAAUUUCCUCUCUGUACUCAAACUCAUCAUUACCCGAGAUAUGGCCUACAAUUGUGGUGUCAUCAGCAAACAUAUAUUGAGUUCGAUGGAAACUUGGCUACACAAUCAUGGGUGUACAGUGAGUACACAGCCUUGUGGGGCACCAGUGCUCUGAGUGAUUAUAGAGGAGAGCUUGUCCCCUAUUUUUACAGCCUGGGAGCUGUCUGUGAGGAAGUUGAAGAUCCAGCUGCAGAUCUGAGUGCUAAGACCCAGGUUCCGGAGCUUAGGAAUCAGUUUAUUUGGAAUGAUGGUAUUAAAGGCAGAGCUGUAGUCAAUGAAAAGGAGCCUUACAUAUGCAUCUUUCUUCUCCAGGUGUUCCAAGGAGGAAUGUAGUGCCAGAGAGAUAGCAUCUACAGUUGAUGUGCGCCAUAACCAAUCGCUCAAAGCACUUCAUAGCAAUUGAUGUCAGAGCCACAGGUCAAUAGUCAUUCAGGCAUACAUAGAUGAAAGAAAAUUCAAAGUCCAAAGUACAUUUAUUAUCAAAGUAUGUAUCCCGUAUACUACCUUGAGAUUCAUUUUCUUACAGCCGUUCAUAGAAAUAGAAAAAAUCAAAGAAAUGUAUUAGAAUCAAUGAAGAACUACACACAAAGAUCGACAAACAAUAGAUGCUCAAAAGAAUACAAACUGCAAUAAAAACAAAAUGGUUGAUUGAUUAAUGCCGAGAACAUGAGUAGUAGAGUCCUGGAAGCAGAGUUCAUAGGUUGUGGAAUCAUUUCAGUGUUAGGUGUGUGAAGGUGUCCACGCCAGUUUGGGAGCCUGAUGGCUGAAGCAUAAAAACUGUUACUGCAGCUCCUGUACCUCCUUCCUAAUGGCAAGGAGAGCAGCGAGAAGAGAGCAUGGCCUGUGUGGUGGGGUUCCCCGAUGAUGGAUACUGAUGUCUUCCAGAUGUGCUCAAUGGUAGGGAGGGCUUCUGCUGUGAUGGAGUGGGCUGUAUCCACCACUUCUGGUAUACUUUUUCGUACUUUGACAUAGGUGUUUCCACGGCAGUCAGGCCAUCAACUACAUCUAUGGAAGUUGAUCAGUUUUAGAUGACAUGCCGAAUCUGCACAAACUUCCAAGAAAAUACUGGUGGUGCCUUGCUUUCUUUGUAAUGUGCUGGUCCCAGGACAGAUCCCCUAAUGAAGUCUGGUUCCUGGACCUCGGCUUCCUCUUCCUGCUUGGUUUCAAAAAUCAGCUGUUUGGUUUUGCUGACAUUGAGUGAGAAGUUGUUGAGGUGCCGUUUAAUUGUAGUCAGCAGCCGUUCCACAUCCCCACUGCCCCGUGUGUGAGGAAAACUUGAUCCUUGAAAACUUGAACCUUUCCCUCUCGCGUUAAACCUGUGCCUUCUAGUUUGCGACUCCCCUCCCUUGGGGCAAGAACAACCGUGACCACCCACCUUGUCUACACCCUUCAGAGUUUUAUAAACCUUUGUCAGGUCACCCCUCAGCCUCCUUCACUGCAAGCAAAACAAACCCAGCCUGUCAGGCCCCUCAUACUUUAUGUGCUUUACCAGUGAUGAAACCAAAGGUAAAGCACAUUUGAUUUAGUUUGAUUCCAAAUUGUUACUUCAGCUUUCAUUAUUGACUGUCGUGUCUUGCCAGCAGCUGGUGUGAAACCAGUUUCCAAUUCUUGGAUGUAAAUAUCUCUUGUAUGUUGCCCUGGGCCCAGCACACAGAUGUAUUCAUGACAAAGGUACGGCAGUGUCUUUACUUUCCUAGAAGCUGGUGGAGGUCUUGUGUGUUUCUAGGUUUUCUCUGGCAAACUUGGAACAUAGAACAGCACAGAACAGGCCCUUUGGCCCACAAUGUGAAAAAUGAAACUGCCUGCAUGUGGCUCAUAUCUCUCUGUUCCCUGCAUAUCCAUGUGUCUAUCCAAAAGCCUCUUAAAUUACUAUCAUAUCUGCUACCCCUAGAAGCACAUUCCAGUGCCCACCACUUUCUAUAUGGAAAAAGCUGUUCUGCAAAUUUCCUUUGAAGUUAACUCUCACCUCAAGUGCAUGCCCUCUGGGUUAGGUAUUUCACCUUGGGCAACAAAAGAUACUGCUGCCUCUCCGUGCCUCAUAAUUAUACACGUCUAUCAGGUCUCCCCUCAACCUCUGCCAUUCCAGAGAAAACAACCUAAGGGUGUCCAUCCUCUCCUUAUAAACCACACAGCGUUCUCACAAAUUUUUUCUGCACCUUCUCCAAGACUGCACAUCUUUCCUGUAAAAGAGUGACCAGAAUUGAAGGUAAUGCUCCAGGCGACGGGGCCUGACUUGGGGUGUACAAUGCUUCAACAUAAACAGUAACCUUUAAGCAUGUACGGCAAUUUGAAUGCACUGGUACGUAACAAGUUGCAGAAAGUAGUGGACUCAUGCCAAUACUUUAUGGAAAUGUCCUUCCCCACCAUUCGGGCAGCUACUUCCCUUCCACCAUUCAGUGUCUCAGCAGCAGAACAUUACUGGACUUUUUUCUAUUUUUCACAUCUUUGAUUGUGUCCUUUUAUUAGCACAAUGUCUUGGUUAUGCAAUCGCACUUUUCACUUCUGUAUAACUAUUCUGUGCUUGUUGUCAAUACCUGUGGGUAUGUGGGGUCAUAAUUUCUAUGGCAUAGAAUGAAGGGAGAUAUGCAAAUUGAUGAGCGCAAUAAAUAAGAUAGAUGUGUGCAAGCUAAAGUAGAGGUCAUGGGUUUAGGGUGACAGGUGAAAUAUUUAAGUGGAGUACGGGGGGGGGCUUCAUUCAGGGUGAUGUGAUUGGAAAAGCCGCCAGUGGGAGUAAUGGAUGCAGGUUCAGUUGUUACAUUUAAGAGACAUUGGAUAGUACAUAGGUCAUUGAAAGGUCUUCUAGGCAGAAAGGGUCAGCGUGGUUACAUGGGCUGAAGGGCCUAUGGUACUCUAAUGUUUUAUGACUCUAGAACAUAGAACGUACAGCACGCAGUGGGCCAUUUGGCCUACAAUGUAAUACCGACCUUUUAACGUACACCAUGGUCUAUCUAACCCUCCCAUACAGCUGAUAACCCUUCAUGUUUCAUUCAUCUAUGCACCUAUCUAAGAGUGCCUUUAAUAUCUCUAAUAUGUCUGCCUCUACUGCCAUGCUUGACUGUAUGUACCGUGCACACUUUCCUCCACUCACUUUAAACAGACAUCCUCUGACAUUGGCCAUUUCCAUCCUGGGGGAAAAAAGCACCAGCUGUCCACUUUAUGCCUCUCAUAAUCUUGUACAGCUCUACCAGUUUGUCUCUCAUCCUCCUUUGCUCCACAGAGCAAAGUCCCAACUGGUUGAACCUUUCUACACAAAACGUCUGCAGAAGUUUGGUGACAUGCCAAAUCCCCAAAGGCUUAUCAGAAAGUAGAGGUUUUGGUGAGCCUUUAUCUUGAUUGAAUCUGUCUGCUAGGCGCAGUUUGAGAGACUAGAUAUUUCUAACUGUGUCCCCGAUGUUCAUAACUUCAAUCCACACAGAUUUCACAUCACAGUCCGUUGCCACUAUAUUACAAUUUAACUUUCUGACAUCUUCCACUGCUCCACCUCCUUCCUCUGUUGUGUUCUUUCACAGGCUUUUAAUUUGGAGUAUUGAGUUAGCGUGCAGAUAACAAAAAAAUGUUGGUAUUGAUUUAUUAUUGUCACAUGUUCCAAGAUACAGUUAAAAGCUUGUCUUGCCAACCGUUCAUGCAGAACAAAUCACUGAACAGAAUGUAGAAUAAAGUUAUCAGCUGCAGAGAAAGUGCAGUGCAAGUAAACAAUAGGGUGCAAGGUCAAAGCGAAGUAGACUACAGUAGGAUUUUACUUAUCGUACAAGAGGACCAUUCAAUAGUCUGAUAACAGAGGUAGGAGCCGUCCUUGAGCUUGGUGGUAUGUGCUUUCAGACUUUUAUAACCUGUGUGGGAGAAGAGAGACUGAUUGGGGUGGGGUGGGGGGGGAAUGUGUAAUCAAUUGUGCUGACUGCUUCAGUCAGACAGCGAGAAGAAUAGACAAUGGAGGAAGGAUGGUUUCUGUGAAGUGCAGUGCCCACAACUCUGUGGUUUCUUGCAUUCUCAGUUAUCACUUGUUACAAUUUACAUUAAUCAGUGUUCAGCUUGGAUAGGUAAAAUCAUCUAUGCAAUUUCCAUCAGCAUAGGUGCACCAUGAGGGUGUGCUCCACUCGCUUUAUACUUCACUGAGGCUAUGCACAGUUCGAAUCAGAGUCAGGUUUAAUAUCACUGGCACAUGUCAUGAAAUUUGUUCACUUUGUGGCAGCAGUGCAAGGUACUGCAUGAUAACAGAGAGAACUGAAUUACAGUAAACACAAAAAUAUAUAUCAUAGUUUUAAAUAAGUAGUGCAAAAACAAGGAAUGAAAAAAAGUGAGAUAGUGUUCAUGGGUUCAGAGUUCUUUCAGAAAUUGGAUCGCAGAGGGGAAGAACCUUCCUGAGUCGCUGAGUGUGUGCCUUCAGGUUUCUGUACCUCUUGAUGGCAGCAAUGAAAAGAGGGCAUGUCCUGAGUUAUGGGGGUUCUAAAUGGACACUGCCUUGCUAAGGCACCACUCCUUGAAAAUGUCCCCGAUAGUACAGAGGUUUGUGCCCAUCAUAGUAUCCAAUGCCAUAUUUGAGUUUGCUGACAUCACCACCAUGAUUGGCUGAACCAAAAAUGGUGACAAAUCAGCAUAUAGGAGGGAGAGAGAAAAUGUGCUGGGUGGUGCCACCAUAACAAUCUCACUGAAUGUUAGCAAGACCAAGGAGCUGAUUAUCAACUUCAAGAGGAGGAAAUUGGAGGUCCACUUUGGUAGAUCAGAGGGGAGAGGGGCAGGAACUUCAAAUUCUUCAGCGCUAUUGUUUCAGAGGAUCUGUUCUGGGCCCAGCCAGUAUGAAGAAAGCACAGCAGCUGCUGUAUGUCCUUGUGAAGAUUAGACAUGGCAUCUAAAACUUUGACAAACUUCUAUAGAUGUAUGGCCCGAUUGCAUCAUGGCUUGCUAUGGAGACAGCAACGCCCUUGAACGGAAAGUAGUGAAUAUGGCCCAGCCCAGUUCAUCACGGGUAAAACCCUUCCCACUACAUGAAGUGUUGAUGAAGGAAAGUAACAUCUAUCAUAAAGGACCCCAAACACACAGGUCAUUCUCUCCACACUGCUGCCAUCAGGAAGAAGUUGCAGGAGCCUUGGGACUUGCACCAUCAUGUUCAGGAACAGUUAUCACCCCACAACCAUAAGGCUCUUAAACCAGAGGGGAUAACUUCCCUCGCCACAUCACUGAACUGUUCCCACAAUGUAUGGACUCAACUUUCAAGGACUCUUCGUCUCAUGGUCUUAUUGAAUUAUUUCCUCAGUAUUUGUACAGUUUGUACCCUUUUGCUCAUUUGUUGGUUGUUUUUCAUUGA